AUGCCGUCUCAGACCAAUGGCCACGGCCCUGCCAACGGCAACCGGACGGUACCUGUGACCAAUGGCAAGGCAUCCUACGCCGAGCAGCGCAAGGUCGCAGACCACUUCAUUGGCGGUAACAAGCUGGAAAAUGCCGCGCCGUCCAAGGUCAAGGACUUCGUCGCUGCCCACGAUGGGCACACCGUCAUCACAAAUCUUCUGAUUGCCAACAACGGUAUCGCCGCCGUCAAGGAGAUUCGAUCAGUACGAAAAUGGGCCUACGAAACGUUCGGCGACGAGAAGGCUAUCCAGUUCACCGUCAUGGCCACCCCAGAGGAUCUGGCAGCGAACGCGGAUUACAUCAGAAUGGCAGAUCACUACGUCGAAGUCCCCGGCGGCACAAACAAUCACAACUACGCUAACGUUGAGUUAAUCGUCGACAUAGCCGAGCGCAUGGACGUACACGCCGUCUGGGCAGGAUGGGGCCACGCUUCAGAAAACCCCAAGUUGCCCGAAUCGCUCGCAGCUUCGCCCAAGAAGGUCGUUUUCAUCGGUCCUCCAGGCUCGGCUAUGCGAUCACUCGGUGACAAAAUUUCUUCGACCAUCGUCGCACAACAUGCCAAAGUUCCUUGCAUUCCGUGGUCGGGUACGGGCGUUGAUAAGGUCGAGCUUGAUGACAAAGGUAUCGUCACAGUCGCUGAUGAUGUCUACCUCAAGGGAUGCGUCAACUCUUGGCAAGAGGGUCUUGAGAAGGCCAACCAGAUUGGCUUCCCAGUUAUGAUCAAAGCAUCCGAGGGUGGUGGUGGUAAAGGUAUCCGGAAAGCCUUGUCCGAGGACGGGUUCGAAGCAUUGUACAAUGCUGCUGCUAGCGAAAUCCCGGGCUCGCCCAUUUUCAUCAUGAAAUUAGCUGGUAAUGCGAGGCAUCUGGAGGUCCAAUUGCUCGCCGACCAGUAUGGAAACAACGUCUCGCUUUUUGGCAGAGAUUGUUCCGUCCAAAGAAGGCACCAAAAGAUCAUCGAAGAGGCCCCGGUCACCAUCGCUAAGCCUCCAACCUUCAAGGGCAUGGAAGAUGCCGCUGUGCGCCUCGGUCGCCUGGUUGGUUAUGUUUCUGCCGGAACCGUUGAGUACCUUUACUCGCACGACGACGACAAAUUCUACUUUCUGGAGUUGAACCCUCGUCUUCAGGUCGAGCAUCCAACAACUGAGAUGGUCAGCGGCGUUAACUUGCCCGUUGCCCAGCUCCAGGUUGCCAUGGGUAUUCCCCUGCACCGGAUCAGCGAUAUCCGACUACUCUAUGGUGUAGAUCCCAAGUCGUCCACCGAGAUUGACUUCGAGUUCAAGAGCCCUCAGAGCGACAAGACCCAACGCCGGCCUCAACCUCGUGGUCACUGUACCGCUUGCCGCAUCACGUCGGAAGACCCCGGUGAGGGGUUCAAGCCGUCAAACGGUGUCAUGCACGAACUGAACUUCCGAAGUAGUGCCAACGUUUGGGGUUACUUCUCCGUCAGUACAUCAUCCAGUAUUCACAGCUUCUCCGACAGUCAAUUUGGCCACAUCUUUGCCUAUGGAGAGAAUCGAGCGGCGUCACGGAAGAACAUGGUCGUUGCCCUGAAGGAACUGAGCAUCCGUGGCGACUUCAGAACUACUGUCGAGUAUCUGAUCAAGCUCCUCGAGACAGAAGCCUUCGAAGACAAUACCAUAACCACCGGCUGGCUUGAUGAACUGAUUUCGAAAAAGCUGACCGCCGAGCGCCCGGACCCUGUCCUUGCUGUCAUAUGUGGCGCCAUCACCAAGGCCCACAUUGCCUGUGAGGCUCAUAUUGCCGAGUACCGAUCUGGCCUCGAGAGAGGUCAGGUCCCGUCUAGGGACAUCCUCAAGACUGUUUUCCCCAUCGAGUUCAUUUACGAGGGUCACCGGUACAAGUUCACUGCGACUCGUGCGGCUGUUGACAGCUACCAUCUCUUCAUUAACGGCUCGAAAUGCCAAGUUGGCAUUCGGGCUCUCAGUGAUGGCGGUCUCCUCAUCCUCCUAGACGGACGAAGUCACAGCGUCUAUUGGAAAGAAGAAGUCGGCGCUACGCGUGUAUCUGUCGACAGCAAGACCUGCCUCCUUGAGCAGGAGAAUGACCCUACUCAGCUGCGCACACCCAGCCCUGGCAAAUUGGUCAAAUAUACCGUUGAGAAUGGCGAGCACGUCAGCGCCGGUCAGACCUUCGCCGAAGUUGAGGUCAUGAAGAUGUUUAUGCCCCUGAUUGCCCAGGAGGACGGUAUCGUCCAGCUGAUUAAGCAGCCUGGUGUUACCAUUGAAGCUGGCGACAUCCUGGGUAUACUCGCUCUUGACGACCCAUCCCGCGUUAAGCAGGCAGAGCCGUUCGUUGGCCAACUUCCUGCUCUCCGCGCACCGCAGGUUAUUGGUAACAAGCCCGCCCAAAGGUUCAAUUUGCUCUACAAGACCUUGAGCAAUAUUCUGAAUGGCUUCGAUAACUCAGUCAUCAUGCAGCAAACCCUCAAAGAUAUGGUUGAGGUUCUGCGGGAUCCAGAGCUUCCUUACAGCGAGUGGGCCCAGUACCACUCGGCGCUCCACUCGAGGAUGCCGCAGAAGCUUGAUACCCAGUUCACUCAGGUCAUCGAACGGGCCAAAGCACGAGGCACUGAGUUCCCGGCCAAGACUUUGGCCAGGACUCUCACCAAGUUUCUGGAUGAUAACUCUUCAUCGAGUGAGGCGAACGCCAUUCGGGAUACUCUGUCACCACUGAUUGAAGUUCUUGACAACUAUGUCGACGGCCCCAAGGUUCGUGAGUUGAAGGCUAUUUCGAGCCUGCUCUCAACAUACGCCGACGUUGAGGCACUUUUCUCGGGUCGUCGUUCUCAGGACGAGGAUGUCGUUCUGAAGCUUCGCGAGGAGAACAGGGAAGACUACCCCAAGGUCAUUCAGAUCGUGCUCUCCCACAGUCGUGUAGGAUCCAAGAACCACCUGGUCCUGGCUCUUCUCGAUGAGUAUCGUCCCAACAAGCCCAAUGUGGGCAACAUUGGUAAAUACCUCAGACCCGUACUUCGCAAGCUUGCGGAGCUCGAUUCGCGCCAAACUGCCAAGGUAUCGCUGAAAGCGCGCGAAAUACUGAUCCAGUGUGCCUUGCCGUCUCUCGAGGAGCGGACUGCACAGAUGGAGCAUAUUCUACGGUCGUCAGUCGUCGAGAACAAGUACGGCGAGACCGGCUGGGAGCACAGAGAGCCAAGUCUCGAUGUAAUCAAGGAGGUGGUCGACUCCAAGUACACUGUCUUCGAUGUGCUCACCUCGUUCUUCGCCCAUGAUGAUCCGUGGGUCUCAGCCGCUGCCCUCGAAACGUACAUUCGUCGAGCAUACCGUGCAUACAACGUGACGCGGGUUGAGUACAUCACUGACGAGUCCGAUACCGCGCCUGCCUUUCUCUCUUGGGACUUCUCUUUCCGCAAGGUCGGGUCGUCCGAGUUCUCUCUGCCGUUUCAGUCCACGAACCCAUCCACUCCUGGAACCCCCACUCAGGAAUUCAGCUUCAACCGCAUUAGCUCUGUGGGUGACAUGUCAUAUCUGACCCGUCAGACAGAAGCUGAGGCUUCUCGAAAGGGUGUCAUUGUGCCCUGCAGGUACUUGGAUGAUGCCGAAGAGAUGUUGCAGAAGGCGAUAGAGAAGCUACCUACCAAGAAGUCGCGAGCCCCUAGCACCAUCCCGGAUCUGAGCGGCAAGCGCAAAACUUUUGGUAGCAAGUCUGAGGAUGAAGCGCUGUCCAAUGUGAUCAGCGUUGCUGUUCGUGACGCUGAAUCCAGAGAUGACCAAGAGAUCCUGGGCAAGAUCCGCGCGUUGAUCGAUGCUUCCAGGGCCGAACUGGCGGCUCACAAGGUCCGCCGCGUGACUUUUAUCUGCGCUCACAACGACGGUUCAUACCCCCGCUACUACACGUUCCGUGGUCCUAAUUAUGCAGAAGACGACAGCAUUCGUCACAGCGAGCCGGCUUUGGCCUUCCAACUGGAGCUGGGACGCCUUUCGAAGUUCAAGACUACACCCGUCUUCACCGAAAACAAGAACAUCCACGUGUACGAGGCCUUUGGCAAGGGUGUCGAGACUGACAAGCGAUACUUCACUCGUGCUGCCAUACGACCCGGACGCCUUCGAGAUGAUAUUCCGACUGUCGAGUACCUCGUGUCUGAGGCUGAUAGAGUGAUCAACGACAUAUUCGACGCCCUAGAGAUCAUCGGAAACAACAAUUCUGAUUUGAAUCACAUGUUCUUGAACUUCACACCCGUCUUCCAGCUGAAUCCCCAAGAGGUGGAGAGCUCCCUCCAGGGCUUCCUCGACAGGUUCGGCCCUCGCGCUUGGCGUCUUCGUGUGUCUCAAGUUGAGAUCCGCAUUGUCUGCACCGACGCCACCACGGGCUUGCCAUAUCCCCUGCGUGUGCUCAUUAUCAACACAUCCGGCUACGUCAUCCAGGUCGAGAUCUAUGCUGAACGGAAGUCGGAGAAGGGUGAGAUGAUCUUCCACUCCAUUGGUGGGACGAACAAGAUUGGAUCGAUGCAUCUGAUGCCAGUCAACUCGCCAUAUCCAACCAAGAAUUGGCUUCAGCCCAAGCGGUACAAGGCGCACCUGAUGGGAACGCAGUUCGUCUACGACUUCCCAGAGCUUUUCCGCCAGGCCGUGGAGAAUAGCUGGACCAAACUUGUCAAGGAACAGCCGUCCUGGGCCGAUAAGAAGCCCGCCCAGGGUGAAUGCAUUGACUAUAGUGAACUUGUCCUUGAUGAUCACGACAAGCUGAUCGAGGUGUCCCGAGAGCCUGGCACCAACACUUGUGGUAUGGUGGGCUGGGUUAUCAAUGCUCGCACUCCUGAAUACCCCAGUGGUCGCAAGUUUGUCGUGGUUGCCAACGACAUUACCUACCUGAUCGGCUCGUUUGGGCCUAAGGAGGAUCACUUCUUCCACAAAUGCACAGAAUUAGCCCGCAGCAUGGGAAUCCCGCGGAUUUAUCUUUCGGCCAACUCUGGUGCUCGCCUCGGCGUCGCUGACGAGCUCAUCCCGCACUUCAAGGUGGCGUGGAACGACCCGUCCCAACAGACACUUGGUUUCAAGUACUUGUACUUGGACGACCAGGCUAAGAAGCGGUUCGAAGACGGCUCGCGACGCGAUGUCAUCACUGAGCCAGUUACCGAGGAAGGCGAGAAGCGUCACAAGAUCGUCGCCAUUGUUGGUGCCGAGGAUGGUCUUGGUGUCGAGUGCCUGAGAGGUUCUGGUCUUAUUGCAGGUGCCACAAGUCGCGCAUACAACGACAUAUUCACAGUCACCCUCAUUACCUGCAGAUCCAUUGGAAUCGGUGCUUAUCUCGUUCGUCUUGGCCAGCGUGCCGUCCAGAUUGAGGGCCAACCCAUCAUCCUCACCGGUGCUAAUGCUUUGAACAACCUUCUUGGACGCGAAGUUUACACUUCUAACCUUCAGCUCGGUGGUACCCAGAUCAUGUACCGCAAUGGUGUGUCCCACAUGACUGCCAACGACGACUUUGCUGGUGUCUCCAAGAUUGUGGAGUGGCUAUCGUUUGUUCCUGCUCAGCGCAACCUCCCCGUGCCCAUUACUCCCAGCGUUGACACUUGGGAUCGUGAGGUGAUCUACACGCCGCCGAACAAGCAACCGCACGAUGUGAGGUGGCUCAUCGGUGGCAAGCAGGACGAGGAUGGCUUCCAGCCAGGUCUCUUCGACAAAGACUCGUUCGUCGAGACCCUUGGUGGCUGGGCCCGCACUGUCGUUGUUGGUCGCGCUCGUCUUGGUGGUAUCCCAAUGGGUGUCAUUGCCGUCGAGACUCGAACCGUCGAGAACGUCACCCCGGCCGAUCCUGCCAACCCAGAUUCCGUCGAGCAGGUCAUCAACGAAGCCGGUGGUGUCUGGUACCCCAACUCCGCAUUCAAGACUGCGCAGGCCAUCAACGACUUCAACCACGGUGAACAGCUGCCACUCAUGAUUCUGGCCAACUGGAGAGGUUUCUCUGGUGGCCAGCGAGACAUGUACAAUGAGGUCUUGAAGUACGGUUCAUACAUCGUGGACGCCCUGGUGAAAUUCGAGCAACCCAUAUUUGUCUACAUCCCACCUUAUGGUGAACUGCGCGGUGGAUCUUGGGUCGUUGUCGAUCCUACCAUCAACCCCGUGGCCAUGGAGAUGUACGCCGAUGUCGAAGCCCGUGCUGGUGUCCUAGAGCCCGAAGGUAUCAUCGGUAUCAAGUACAAGAAGGAGAAGCAGCUCGAGACCAUGGCCCGUCUGGAUCCUACCUACGCCGCCCUCAAGAAGCAAGCUAGUGAUCAGAGCUUGUCCAAGGAGCAGCUCGAGGAAGUCAAGGCCAAGAUGACCGCUCGCGAGAAGCAGCUAUUGCCAAUAUACGCCCAAGUCAGCAUACAGUUCGCUGAUCUGCACGACCGUGCCGGUCGGAUGAAGGCCAAGGGCGCCAUCCGGGAAGCCCUAGAGUGGAAGAACACCCGCCGCUUCUUCUACUGGCGUGUACGCAGACGUUUGAACGAAGAGUACAUCCUCAAGCGGAUGGCAACGGCAACUGCUACUGCUUCAACCAAGACGACAGAUUCGACCAACCCUGCUGCAGUCGAGAUCCGCCAGCAACAUUUGCGCCUCCUGGCGGCUUGGUCGGGCAUCGCUGACUUCGACCGGAACGACAAGGCUGUUGUCACAUGGUACGAGGAGAAUGCGAAGGAUAUAACGACAAAGGUCGAGCAAAUCAAGGCGGAAUCUGUCUCCCGCGAGAUGGCCAGUCUGUUGUCAGGAGACAAGACUGCCGCCCUCAAGGGCCUGAAGGAAAUGCUGCACAUGAUGCCAAUCAGGGACAGAGAAGAGAUCAUGACGUACUUGAAGUGA